CUUUAAUCUUCAGGAUGCGUUGGAUUUCUGUCGCCGCUGUUCUCGGCGCUGCGCUGCUCCCUGCUAGCGCUCGUCCGCUGUGCCGCCCCGAUCGAUCGACUACGACUGGUCUGCCCUCGACCACAGCAACUACGAGCGUCGAGACUUUGAGCACCGACUCUGCGACUGCCACUGAGACCUCGGCAAUUGAGACAACGGUUACUUUCGUUACUACUUUCACUGAAUCGGGGACCGCUACUGCGACUACGGGUUUCACUACUAUCACCUCUGCGGCUACCAGCGAGGCUGCGACAACUACCUCCGAAGCUCCUGAGGUCACGAACUACAUCCAGAACGGCGACUUUGAGGAUAGCCCCAACACGGAUUGGAGUCUUCGAACCAGUGACAUCAAGAACUACCCUGAACGAGCUCGCUCCGGCAACAAAUACGUCCAAUACGAUGUCGAUGACUCCGAAGCCGUCGGCGGCAAUCAACUGAACCAAACCGUCAACGGUCUCGAUACCGAGCGACUCUACCGUCUUACAACCUAUGCUACCGUUUUCAACACUCCCGCGCCUGUCAAGGAAGAAAGCACCAUCUGCGUUAUCCAGGCUCUACAGGAGAGCACGUCCCUGUCUCAGUGGCGCCUCGACUUUACGGACUUGGGUACAUACAAGCCGCUCUUUGUCGAUUUCACGCCCGUAGAUGAGGAUGUUACGAUUACAAUGAGGCUUCGAUGUACUACUGGAAAGAAGGUCACUUUCUCUGUUGGCCUGGAUGAUGUUUCUCUGUAUGACAUUGGCCCUAAGCUGGUUGGUUAAGCUACGGUAUGUUACCGAUCAUCAUAGUCAGACACUGGGAUCUCAUUGUUGGGAAUUAUCAGGUCAACCAAGUUCAAGCCCCGAACUUAUGAGCUUGGGAUGCAAAGGGAUUUUGCUAUGAUAUUUAUUCUUCUUCGAACUUGAUGAAACGCUUUUACACAUGACCAUUAAUCUUACAUCUUCU